UAUGCAGUGUAGCCCACUGCACUAUAUAUAUUUCAGCACUUGGACAGCGCAGAAAACUAGCCUGUAGCCCAUGUAGCCUAAGCUUCCAGGUGCAUACAGUGUUAUAGCACUUUGGGCACUGCAAUUUUAUAAUGUAGCCCAUAGCUCGACAUACAAAGCUCCAGACCAAAUUGGUAUGUCCUUUUUAUACUUAUAUUUGAGCAUGUCGGAAACACACGUUAAUUCGGCCUAUAUGAAUGUUCGAUCUAGCCUAUAAACUGUGUUAGACAUAUAAGCCUACCAUUGAUGACUUUUUAGUUAUACAAUUAGUUGUUGUUUUCCAUGUUAUGCCUACACUGGGCUAUAUUUACGCUAUUUAAUGAGAAUACACAUUUUCCUCGAACCUAGGCUAGACUAUAUCAAAGGGGUCUGGUUUGCUUGGUCUUAUUAGUAUUCCUGUCCUAUGGGUGUGCAGUGUUGCCAGCCACGUCAGGCCUGUAGCAACUGCUCGUCUCCUGCCUUACCGAGAUACACUCCGGUGGAGACACUCGAAGAAAAAGACCUUGGGAGCAAACUCGUCAUAUUGGCAACCAGGAAAGGCUUUCAUCUCUGUUCCUUGUAAUGAUGAAGCAAGUGUUAUAAUUGCAUCAAGUUAUAUUGCUUCUUUUUCUGUUUUUACGCGUGGCCACGUUUUGCGUUACUAAAAGGGUGUUUGCAUAGGCUACACUGCCGAAGACCCUCGUCAAGCCUUCUUAUCAGUGCUUAAUGGAAACGCGCAAGAAUAAGAAAUGGUUGCAUUUGGUGAAUACCAGUGAAUGCGAUUGCUUUCUACCGACCAUCACCGCUGCGGUGCGCGACGAAAGACACCUCAGCUAGCUGGACCCCGGGUCGGGUGUGUGUACAGGCUACCUACACCAUUAACUGUCAGCAGUAGUGAAGGUGACUCGCGCCUCCUUUGCAGUCGAGGCAAUGCGGAGAGGAAUUGCGAGCGCUCAUCCGGUGCUUCUGCGCUCUUUAAGUCUGCCAGCAGAAAUAUCAGCUUUUUCUUAGACAGAAGGGAGAAGGAGAGUUAGCACCACUAUACCACAGAUAACUUGUCUAUUCUCCUCUAGGAUAUAGCCUACUGGAACUAUAUCGACACCCAGUAGCCUAGAUCAGGUAGAAAUUGGAUAUCGGUGAAUAGCUGGUGGUAGCUGGUAGGGAUAUUGAUAAAACACAAUUUUGUAUAAAAGCUGUUUUAUUAGUGGAUGUGUAUGCAUGAGUUCUGCACCGAAUGGGCGCAAGAACCGCCCCAGAUCCGCCGGGAACAUCUUCCAUAUCGGCAAGGUUCCCUACCGAGACCCUGAGAGGAGGGAGAGCACGGAGAGCAGCCGCAAAGCCCAGCGCGCGGUGGCUGACUGCAGAAUGAUCGUGCAGGAGUUUAACACGCUUGUAGCCCUGUACCGUGAACUGGUCAUCUCUAUUGGUGAGAUCUCCGUCGACUGUCCCUCUUUACGGGCAGAAAUGCACAAGACUCAAACGAAAGGUUGCGAGAUGGCGAGAGCUGCUCACCAGAGCCUGUCUGUAAUUUCGGGACCUGAGGAUGGAGAGAUCCAUCCUGAGAUCUGCAGGCUCUUCAUCCAGCUACAGUGCUGUCUGGAAAUGUACAUCACGGAGAUGCUUAAGUCUGUCUGCCUGCUGGGAUCCCUCCAACUCCACAGGAAAGGGAAGGAUUCCUGUGGACCACCUAGGAUUGACAACAAGCUGGAUGAGACCUCAGACAUCCCUAUUCUGGAAGACACCUCUUCCUCCCCUAUGGAAUGCUGGCAAAUCACCACAGAUAUAGACAAUACAGAGAGGGACAUGAGAGAAAUGAAGAACCUUCUCAGCAAACUCAGGGAGACAAUGCCUUUACCACUGAAGAACCAAGAUGACAGCAGCUUGCUGAACCUGACUCCUUACCCAUUGGUCAGACAGAGGAAGAGGCGGUUCUUUGGGCUCUGUUGCCUGGUAACCAGCUAAGGGCCUCCUAGGUGGAAGGUGGUCACAGUCAUACUUUACUUGAAGUGUCGUUUAUGGGACGUCCAAAACAGUGUCAUUAGCUAACUGUAAGUGUCAUAAGAUACCAAAAUGUGACAAACAUGUUAUAAAAGCAUAUACUGUACCACUCAACCGUUUGGACACAUUGUAGAAUAAUAGGAAAGACAGCCAAACUAUGAAAUAACCCAUGGAAUAAUGUAGUAGCCAAAAAAAAUUCAAAUGAAAAUGCAUUCACAGUUAAGAUACUUCAAAAUAGCCACCUUUUGCUAUGAUGACAGCUGUGCACACUCUUAGCAUUCUCUCAACCAGCUUCAUGAGGUAGUCGACUGGAAUGCUUUUCCAAUAGUCUUUAAGGAAUUCCCACAUUUCCUGAGCACUUGUUGGCUGCUUUUACUUCACUCUGCAGUCCAACUUAUCCCAAACCAUGUGGCAGUCCUCCAGAGAGCUCGGUUCAUCAUAGUGCUUGAUGGUUUUUUGACUGCUUUUGAAGAAACUUCCAAAGUUCUAGAAAUGUUCCAGAUUUUCAAGUCUUAAAGUAACAAUAGACUGUUGUUUCUUUUUGCUUAUUUGUGCUGUUCUUGCCAUUAUAUGGACUCCAGUACAGACUCCAGUACAGACAGAAGGAUGGUCUUAUGUAAACCCACCCUACCUUGUCACCCUCUGUAUACACAACCUAACACAAAACAGAAAAAAGAAAGAAAGAAAUUCCACAAAUGUACUUUUAACAAGGCUCUCCUGUUAAUUUAAAAGCAUUCCAGAGGACCACCUCAUGAAGCUGGUUGGGAGAAUGCAGAGAGUGUGCAAAGCCGUAAUCAAGGCAGCGGAUGUAUACUGAAGAAUACACAAUAUGAAAUGUAUUUUCAUACACAUUUUUGUUUAACACAUUUUUGGUUACGACAUGAGUUCAGUAUGUGUUAUUUCAUAGUAUGUAUUUCUUCACUAUAACUCUACAUUGUGGAAAAUUGCCAAAAAAAACAAACAUGAAUGAGUAGGUGUGUCCAAACAUUUUAUGUACUGGUACUGUACAUCAAAUGAAAUUCCUUAUAUUUGCCUGUCAUGACAAUACAUUUAUUGGCAUCAUGACAUACAGUGGUGUCAUUAGAUUUUGACAGUCAUAACAGUGCCCGUAACAGAAAUAGCAUUGUACGUCUUGUUAUGUGUUAUGACACUUCACAAUGUGCUUAUGACACUUUAAUGGACUUAGUAAAGUGUUACUUCAGCAACAAAGACACCAUUAACUACAAUCCUUCACCACCUGUGUCUCCCACCAAUCUAUUACUGCCAUUUCCAAUAUCCAAUACAGUUCUCUUUUUUGUUGAAAAGGCUACCCCACUUUAUAAUUUUAUUUUGUAAUACAAAGAUAAAUUGUAAUUGCAAUGUAAUGAAACGAAAAGUCAUAAACAUAUAUUUUAAAUGUAUUGCAGCUGAUUUUCCCUUUGUUUGGUUAACGAGUCAUUUAGUUUGUCUGAUGUUUUGUGUGUGGGACACAACAGGAUCUUUAAGUUUCUCAAAGAAAACAAUGUUUCCAAGUACGACACUUGCCGUGUAUGGCAGUUCUUUACCCGUAUGACCUGUCAUUGAAGUACGACACCUGCAGAAUAUAUUGACACACUGCUAGAUAGGUGUGGAGCUUUGCUUCUCCUGAGCAGAGGAAGUCUGUGCACUGGGUCUGUUGUAUUUCGCUCUGUUUUCUGUUUGUUGCUGUUCUUCUUGUACUAACCUUUAUUUAGUCUUCCAUAAACCAAAAACCUGUAUCCAGCUUUUACUUUCUAUCUCCAAUGAGAAAUAUACUAUAUGAUACAAGAAAAGAUAAACAUCUUUGCACAUACAAUAUCUAUCUAGACAUUGAGGCGUUAGACUUGUAUAUACACAUACUCUCUAAGCGAUGUGCUCUGAAUUGUUUUCCAAGUUACGAUAAUGUGGCAAAGUUUUGGUUGGCGUAAGCAGGUUGGCGUCUCCCUCCGUAUGGCGCAGUCCAUGUGGCCAGUGGAGACUCAGCAUGGGUCUUGCUUAUUGAUAAUAGUGCUAAAUGUGUAGGGCAUGGAGAAGGUACAGUACUGUAGUCAUUGCUGAAAUAAAAAUCUAUACGUCAUUUUACAUUGUUAAUAAACCUUUUUUAGUUAUA